AUGAGCAUAUUUUUCAGGCUACAAACUUCUCUGGAAAAGUUAUUAGAGAAGCAAGAACACAAUGAAGCUCAAAGGAACAAGGAAUCCAGAGAAUUAUUGAGAGAAAUAGUAAUGGCCACCAGCGCCAAUCAGCAAGAGAAACAUAAACAAAUAUUUAAAGAUACCAGCAGUCAGACAGAACCUGAUAAAUGUGAGACCAAAUCAAUAGGAAUUAAUACUGAAAUUUCAUGGGCAGAUUUGAUUGCCUCUGUUACACCAUCUGAGAAUGCAGUUGAAAGAGGCACUGAGCAAGGUGCAAGAUUUGAGUCUAGAGAGGCUGGGAAAGUUUAUCAGACAAACAACAGAAAUUCAGGAGAAAGACAAGCAGAUAUCAUUAGAGAUAAUUAUAAGGCAAAAUCAUUAAACAGAAGGGAUUCUUCCUCAAGACAAGCAACAAAUUGGACAGUGCACAAGGAAAUGUCCCUAACAAUGCAAGAAGUUGUCAUGAAAACUAUUGAGGAAGACCCCCCAAGUCCAGAUCCUUCAGUCCACAUUAGUAUGACAGAGUACCAUGAUGGCAGUAGGCACGAGGAGGCUCACAGUGGUAUGAGAAAUCCACAGAAGAAAAGUGUAGAUUGGGAAGGCUCUCCUGUCUUGGGUGAGAGUGCUAGCAUGUGCAGUCCAGCAGCCCAUGAUAGUCCUCAGGCUCAGGAAGGUGCACAAGCUACCAAAUCAACAGGGGUCACUUUUUAUAACAAUGUAAUGACAAAUAUUCAGCAUAUUUUGCAAAAUUCUAAGGCUGCAGAGGAAGAUGAAAGGAGUGAGGAUGCUGCCACUCACCAGAGACAGAAGGAGUCAAACAGUGCCACCAGUGAACAGGAAACAACAGUAAUUGACCCCCAGAUGGAAGCCGUUAGAAAACAGUUAAUGCAGUUUGGUAUUAGUUUCAUUGACCCAGCUACACUGGCUACAAAUAACAGACCAGUAUUGGAUACCAUGUACCUGCCAGGACUCCAUAACAUGUUGUCCAUGUACCAAAACUCUAUCCCCAACUCAGGGCCAGUGCCAUAUCAAGAGACCGAUGCCACAGCUGCUAAGUAUCUCUCAGAUGCACAGCUUGCUGCUAUUGCUGCAGCUUCUCCUGCCAUGACAGGAAGAACAAGAGCGGCAAGAGAGACCAAAGCCUUGAGACCUCCAUUCCAGCAAAUUAAGAAUGCAGACACUGAAAAUAACUUCUCCAUUGCAACAAAAAAGUUUCUUGGAAAAUAUGGCUUGCAAGAAGAUUACACAUAAGUCUUCACUCCAGUGAUAUAUGAUGUUU